AGAGAAGGAGUCUGCACCCUUAAAAGGAUUAUGGGCCUAUGCUGUCUUCCAAUCUAAACAUCAUCUGACCAAAAAAUAGUGUUUUCAUGCGUUUCCUGAGAUCUGCUGCGCGUGUGGUUAUGACACUGGAUUUUAAUAAUGAUGGAUGAGCCUCAGGACUUUUUCUCAGGACUUUGUUUUUACACCUAGUUUGGAUUUUUAGCAAUAUUAUUUGUAUUAUUGAAUACAACUGCCCACUUUUGCAGUAUUUUUACGCACAUCCCUCCUGUGUUUGGAUGACUACUGCAGACUUUCUGAAGUGUGUUGGAACUUUUUGUUCAUACAUUUCAAUUACCCAGCUUGCCUGGUUUGUCAAGUGAAUCAUCGGUUUCACGUCUCGCUUCUGGCUGUACCCAUAAUAGCAACACAGAUUGCUUAACACUUCUCGCAGUCUGUCGCUGGUGCCUCCUGAAUGUGGGUCGGUACCGCAUGUUCUUUCUUCAUCUUCAGUUUCUCAACUCUUGACGACAAUAUAAUCUACCAUCUGAAAUGCUGCCUCUGUCCGCUCUGUUCCUCCUCGUUUUCCCCGCUGCUCUCUUUGUGGCCGCGCAAGGAGCCGGGGACCUCCAGGGUUUCACCUUCCCCGGUGGGAGCGCAGUUUUCGACCCAACAGACCCCUGCAUGGUGGUGUCUCCACCAUGUAUGAGCGAGGCAGAUCGCUACAGCUUGGAGGCCCUGCGGAGCAUCCAUCAGAUGAUGGACGAUGACCAGGAUGGAGGGAUUGAGGUGGAGGAGAGUGUGGAGUUCAUUAUUGAAGACAUGAAGCAGCAGCAGACCAACAAACACAGCAACCUGCACAGAGAAGACCAGCACAUCACAAUUGAGGAGCUCUGGAGGGGUUGGAAGUCAUCUGAAGUACAUAACUGGACUCAAGAUGAUGUGCUUCGCUGGCUGAAGGACUUUGUUGAGUUGCCACAAUAUGAGAGGAACUUUAAAGACUAUAAGGUCAACGGAAACACACUCCCCAGGAUUGCAGCUAAUGAGCCUUCAUUCCUGAGUGGCCACCUGAGGGUUCAGGAUCAGAGAGACAAACAGAAGCUCAAUAUCAAAGCUCUGGAUGUAGUUCUGUUUGGACCGCCUACACGCCCCCCUCAUAACUACAUGAAGGACCUGGUGCUAAUUGUUUCGGUGGUGAUGGGAGUUGGAGGAUGCUGGUUUGCCCAGGCCCAGAACAAAGCCAGUAAAGUCCACAUAAGCAAGAUGAUGAAAGAUUUGGAAAGUCUGCAGAGUGCUGAACAGAGCCUCAUAGAUCUGCAGGAGCAACUGGAGCGAGCCCAGGAAGAAAAACGUAAUGUCGCUGAGGAAAAACUGAACCUAGAGGAGAAGAUGAGGGAUGAGAUAAUGGGAGCACAGGAGGAGGCUUACCGUCUGCACGAGCUGAGGCAGGGAGCUGUCAGUGAGCUCAGCCGCCUCCGAUAUGCAGAGGAAGAGCUGGAGCAGGUCCUUGGAGCACUUAAGCAGGCGGAGAUGGACAUGCAGGCUAGCUGGACUGCCUCAGAGGCUCUCCAGCAGUGGCUGCAGCUGACACAUGAAGUAGAAGUCCAGUACUACAAUGUCAAGAAGCAGAGUGCAGUACUACAGCUUGUCUCUGCCAAGGAAGAGGCAGAGAAGAUUAAGAAGAAGAGAAGUUCUGUGCUGGGUACUCUCCAUGUCGCCCACAGCUCCUCUCUAGACCAUGUUGACCACAAGAUCCUGGAGGCAAAGAAUUCCUUGUCUGAAGUAACAGCCUGCCUACGCGAGCGCCUCCAUCGCUGGCAGCAGAUUGAGCGCAUCUGUGGCUUUCCAAUAAUUAGGAAUCCUGGUCUAGCAAACCUCACUGCUCAGCUCUACUCAGACUCAGUUGCCCUUGGGUUGCCCCGAGUGCCCCAGCCAUCUUGCUCUUGCCACAGCUCCGUCCAUGGAUCUAUAGAGGAUCUGUUAGAAGAGUCUGCUUCUCCAAUCUUGCCACAGAUGCAAGUUCCGGUUCCACCACUGAAACGCUCUCCCAAAACACGGGGAUCCACCAUAUGUCGGUCACGUCGUACCGGCAACAUCACUCAGCCCCCAGCCUCCAUGAUCUCCUCGGACCCAGACCUUCUCAUCCCCAUCCGAGCCCCAUACCCUUGCUUUGAUGAGGAAGAGGGGCUCUUCCUGAAAACUCUAAAAAAACAAGAAUCCCAAGAGAUGCCUUCAGACACAGAAUAUAUGACUUCACCUACUCUCAACAAAAUGUUGCCUAGUCCUACUGAUGACACUUCCUCUCAAAAGCUCUGUCAUGAUGAAACUGAGCUGCUUUCAGACAGCUCCAUUACAAAGCCUUUGAGUAAAGAAGUAGAAGAUGUUAUAGAAACUCCAGUUCACCAACUCUCUAUACCAGAAGCUUCUGUAGAUGUUUCCUGCAGAAAGCUGGCAAAAGAAGUGUUGGAUACUUCUCCGGAAACCUCUUCUUUGAAGAUGUCCAAAGAAGAGUCUUUGAUAGAGGCUACAUCAAGGAAGAUAUCCAGAGACUGGAGUGAAGUUCCCAAGAAUGUUGCAGUUAGAAAGGUGCUGUCCAAUGAGUUGGAUGCAGAAUUUCCAGCCUGGAGAGUAGACAGAGAUGCAAUAGGGGAUUUGAUGGACACUGCGUCAAGGAAUGUAUACAAAGAAAGAAGUGAUUUACCUCUUGAUGUGAGAAAGAUUAUUUGGAACGAAUUAGAAGCAACAACAGACGUGGCAUCUAGGAAGAUAUCAAGAGAUAUGAUGGGGGCUUCAAUGGACAGUGCCUCAAGAAAGAUGAUACGAGAUGAUGUUGAGCGUCCGUUUGACUCGGUAUCCAGAAGGACUACAAGAGAUUCAAUGGGAAUGUCACUAGACACAGGUUCUAGGAAGCUUUCAUGGAAUAAAGGGGAAUGCCAGCAUGAUUCCUCUGUGAGGGCAUUAGCAAUGGACAAAAUGGUUGAGACUACUAGAACACUAUCAAGAAAGAUUUCUAGAGAUGAGCUGGAGUAUUCUAUAGAUACUUCUUCCAUGAAGAUGCUGCCCAGAGAGAGAUAUGAAGCACUUAUGGAUAAUGCGUCUCCUACAGAGAAGCAAGAGUUCAGUUUAGAACCAUCAACAAGUAGGAGGAUACUGAGAGAUGAACUUGAGAUGUCUGCUGGUUCUCUCAGAAGGAGAAUAUCAAGAAUGGCAAGAGAUGACAUCGACAGUUGCAUAGACACUCCCACAGGAAAAGUCUCAUGGGAUAGAGUUGGUGCUCCAAUGGAAAUACCCAAACAAUUAAAACUAAGGGAGGAGUUGGGAGCAUCCGAAUCAAGUUCAUCUCCAAGUCGAAUUGGACAGCCAGACCUUAUGGUAACCUCCCAGGUGCCAUGGAAGUCAUCAUCAGACGUUUUCACUGGCCCGCUGAGCCAGCUUGUUUAUGAUGGAAUCCUUGAGAAGUCCUGCAACUCCAUGGCUGCAAACCCAACCAACUUCUCUGCCUCAACACCCAACCUGCCACAGAGCAAGCCCCUAGCAGAGGUGGAGCCACCAUUGCCACCACGAAGGAUUGCCUGCCCAUCUGCUGCAUUGGCCCGUGAGACUGGAGAUGACAGGCACAAGGAUAAGGAAAAGAGUAAGAAAUCCAUAAAGCUCAAAAAUCUUUUUAAAAAGAAACCUGAGUCAACUCCAGAGAAGCUUCAAAGUGGUCUUCAGAAACUCUGACAAUGAGCUUAGAAUGUUUUCUUAUUUUCAUGUUUUUACAUUUUAUUGAACCAAAAAUAGUUUGACUUCAUUGAAGAAAUCUUCUAGAGAAAAGACACAAAGUUUUAUAAAGCAUAAGGUUACCUAAAGCUGGUCGUUUUCAGAGCCAGUGGUGUCCAGAAUAACAAAAUGAAAGUAGAGUAAGAGAAACAAAUACAAUAUUGAUGUUUCUAUUCUGAGUUUGAUGUUAAAAGUGCUGACAGAAUCAUAAUACAUGUAUGAUGCCAGUUGCACAUGUGAGGAGAUCAAAAUAGCUCUCAGUGUUUGAUAGUUUUUAUAUAACUUAUUUUAUAUUUGAUCCUGAUCUCUUGUCUGUUAUUAAGUCUUAUGUAGAUAUAUGGUUGAUACCAUAUAUUAUCUUAGAUGCAGAUUAUUUGAGGUUUUGCCUAUAGUUGAAGGAUUAGAUGAUGUUUAAACUGAUACUGCUCUUCUGUAUAACAGAGUUAAUGCUUGUAUUAAAGUCAAAUCUCCACUUGUUCACAAAGACAUAGGGCUCAGUUGGAAAAAUGUGAUGUCACAUAUUUUCUCACAUAUUGUUUAUAGAAAGAGGUGUGUUGGGAGGAUCAGUUGUAGCAGGAAGCCUUGGACAAAGUUUAGACAACCUCUUUUUAUCUCCAGAAUGAUCAAAGGUUCAAAUGUCAUUUGCAGUCAACGUCAGCAUUUUUAAGGUGUGGUUCACCAGCUAAAUUUAGCUGAAAUUGGCAUAAAUAAAUUGUUCACUCAUACACAUGCUGCCAUAAUUGAAAGUGGUGGCUGCAUUUUUUUUUUUUUUGCAGCCUCUACCAUUCAGUCACAACAUUGUUGUGGUGCAGUGGGGCAUUUUUAAAAACUGGAGUACCAGGAACAAAAAAAUACCCCACAGGUUUGGCAAUGGGUCAGGUUUAACAAAGCCAAGAUUGGUCCAUUUAAAAAAGGAUUUGUCCUGACCCUGAUCCUGUGGAUCGGCUCAGUACAACCCACAUUUUAAUGAAAAUGUACUGCUUUGAUUUGUCAAAUGCUCAUGAACAGUUUGCUUGCAAACUGUUUUUAAAUUUAUUUUUCAGAUGUGUGCAUUUAAAUGCAUAUUUUUAAUGCUUGAAUUGUUGAUGUAGGAUUUAUGUUUCUUCUAUUGUUUACUGGCAUACAUUCAGUACCUUAAGAAGUUUAUUUUAAUUCAAAUAAUUCAGAAAUGUAGCUUCAAUUGAUUUAUGAAUUGCUUACUAGAAAAGUAAUUUAGUUCUUUGUUUUAGUGACAAGUGUAAGGAAUAUAUAAAUACAAUGUUUUACAUUGUCUUAGACAAGGACAAGCACUGAAUUGUAAAGUUAAUGUAGUAGAGUUCAUAGUCUGUUAUCUGAUGGUUUAUUAACAUCUGAUGAUGGCAAAAUUAUUAACAUUUAUUAACAUCUGAUGAUGGCAAAAUAAACAAGGUGGUGACAUUAAAUGUUGUGUAUUGUUCUAUAAUAAAGAACUGAAACAAUA